AUGGUGCGAAAGAAGACCUGGUGCUGUCUCGUGGUGACAGCACUCACGGCUGGCGUGAGGGAUUUCAUCAAGAGUGGGAUCUAUGACCAAGUCAUCAUCGAUUCACCCGAAGCAACAAAUUACAAACACUGGCAGAACACGUACGCCAGCGACGCGCCAACGCUGUACAUUGCGGCGCACUUCUACAACAUCACCAACCUCGAAGAUGUGCGCAAUGGCGCACUGCCCAUCGUCAAGGAAGUGGGACCCUACGUCUACUGGAACAAGAAGGAUCUCAUUGAUAUCGAGUGGCUCGAAGGCGGCAACAAGGUCAAAUACAACACGAUGACACGCUACGUCUUCCUUCCCGAGCUCUCUGUUGGCCCGGACACCGACGUUAUCGUCAAUACCAACCCUGCCUACCCUGGUGCACUCUCGCAAGCCGGAGGCGAAGGCCUUCUGACCGUUGCAAUCACGGGUCCUGCUAUAAAGCUGUUCUUCGAUUUCAUGUGGGAGGUGUGGAUUCCCGACUUGGUUGUCCAGACCGAGGCGGGCGUGCUGGCAAAAGAGCAAGGGAAGCUCACCAACGGAACCAAUACACUCGCUUUCUUUGACAACUGGGCCAAUCAAACGAAGCUCAUUUCGCCCGAGUGGACCUACAUGCAGGUUUCACUCGAUGCCGCAGCGCCCAGAGAUGCUCUUCAAUCCUGCAACGCCACUCUCGCUCGUCGCUACGGACACGAAGUCCACCACUACCUGGCGCCAGGCUCUGAACGCGCACUGCUUGCCUGGUACAAGCGUGCGCGAGAUGGCCUCGUCGUACCGUCACUCCUGCAGCAAUGGGAUGUGGCCGAGCUCAACGACCUGGCAUACCUGCAGUGGGGCACGGCCCAGGUCACUGGUGGAGUGUCGGUGACCACGCUCUACCCUGGAACCCAGUUCCCGGCCUCCUCCGAACUCGGCGUCUUCUGGGGAAUCAACCCGGCCGCUCGGAUUCCUGCCAACGCCAGCAAGCAGUUGCUCAACGGACCGGUGGGCCUCUUCUCGGCACUGAAUCUGGCCGUCUUCAUUCAGGCAACGGUCAACCCGAUAAACUACAAUGACACUUACGUUCGCGAGACCUGGGGAGUCGGCAGGGGCCAAGCGGACGCGUUCUACGUGUAUUUUCUCUACAUGUUGGCCGAGUUCUCGCCCAAGGUGAUGGCAGACGCCAUCGCUAAAGGCGGUGGUCUUUUCACUACGCGCACGGUGGACGAAUGGCUUAUGGAGAACACCGAUCCUCUGCUUGCAUUGCUUUCGCCGGAGCAACCAGACGCUUCCAUUCUCGGUAACGAAACAACCCCGGAGAAGGCGCGCAAGAGGCAUGGACCCGACGUGGUUUUCACGGGCAAGGACGACAUCAACCAAGUGCAAGUUUACACUCAGUGGUUCGGCCAAACUGUCAUAGAAGAUGUCUACGCAGAGCCGAUCCCUGUGCAGGGAGUAAACGACUUGGGAUUCUUCCGCCCCUUCCUCGACCUCGACUCCGAGCUGUGGUCAUGGGAUUCCAACUACGUGCGAAACAUGCACCUUGUCCCGUUGGGCUACAUGGACCACAAAGGAGUAAAUACGAUCCGCUACACACUCGCAAACGAGACCUGGGCCAUCAAUGCCACCCUCUACCAAACUAUCCAGGGUUUCUGCAACCUGACGGGCUUCCACAAUGGAACGUCGUUGAUGCUCAGCAACCCCCACAUGUACCUGGCCGACCCCAAGUACACCAGCCUCAUCGAAGGCCAAGUGCCCGAUCCUGCCGCUGAUAUCACCCGUAUUGACGUUGAGCCCAACACGGGAAACGUGGUGUGGUACGACGAGUCGGUGCAGAUCAAUAUUUAUUUGGACCCGUCGAAGACCUACUUCCAGAUGACCACCUAUAACCCCGACGUGCGCUUGGACGUCAUCUACCCGGUGGUGUACAUCCACAUGUACGCGGGCCUCACCGAGGCCAAUGCCGACCAAGUCAAGGAUUCGCUGUACCUCGGAUUCAAGGCGGAGGUGAUUAUCUUUUGGGUGCUGGUGGGCCUGGGCGGCUUUUUGUUGCUGCUCUCCCUGCCCAGUUUUUUUGUCCUCCUCCUGUGCCUCAAGGCAGAUCGCCGAGGGAGCUAUUUCGAGUUCACGCGAACAGGCGACGGAGACUUGGCCUACAAUCCGCUCAUCAACGACACCGACGAGUAA